UCCAAACAACUCAUAUAUUUUGCCUUUUGAAUAGUUUUGGAAAUCAUAAUCGUUUUAUUGUUUAUCGACACAGCAGAUUCUAAUGACAGCUAGCCCCAGGUCUUCUUUAUAUUAUUGUUAAAUAGACUAUGUAUUCAUUUAUUAAUUCAUUUUCAGUUAACAUGUGGGAAUUCCAUUGGUCUUGUUCCUCGGACUGUAACGGGUCAGAGGCGAGUGAGGAGACGGAGAUUGCUGUGAAUAUCGGCGGUGUCAAGCACAUUCUCUACGGGGACGUGCUGAACCGAUAUCCCGAGACGCGUUUGGCGGAGCUGGUGAACCGAUCCACGGAUUCCACACAAGAUCUCUGUGCGCUCUGUGAUGACUACGACGACUUAAAGCGAGAGUUUUACUUCGACAGAGACCCAGAGGCCUUCAAAUGCAUCCUAGAGCUGUAUUACUACGGAGAGAUUCAUAUUAAGCGAGGAAUCUGUCCCAUGUGCUUCAUGAGAGAGAUGGACUACUGGGAGAUCGACGCGGAGUAUCUGGAUGAAUGCUGUAUAAGCAAUUUAAAUGAGGUGCAAACCGAGCUGGCGGAAAUAGCAGAUAAGGUCAAGACCAUCCUGGAUGAUCUGGAGGAUGAUGAGACGGUCACUAGAGGUCAGAGGUGCCAAGCGUUUCUGCGGAAUCUCAUGGAGAAACCAGAGUCAUCUUUAGCCGCGCGCGUAAUCGCAGUGGUGUCGUUCGCCUUAAUCCUGCUCUCCUCUGUGGUCAUGUGCGUGGGAACCAUCCCCGAGCUGCAAGUCCUAGACGCCAAGGGACACCACGUGGAACACCCGACCCUUGUGUUCAUCGAGACGGCUUGCAUCAUCUGGUUCACCCUGGAAUGCAUUUUGCGCUUCAUAUCCUCUUCGAACAAACUGCGCUUUGUGUUUUCCUUCAUGAAUAUAGUAGAUGUUCUAACUAUCAUGCCGUUCUACUUAGUGUUGAUUCUGGGCGCCGCUCAGAUGGAGCUGGCCGACGUUCAGCAUGCAGUGGAGGUGUUGCGCAUUUUGCGCCUUGCGCGGAUUUUUAAAGUCGCGCGCCACUCAGUAGGUCUGCAAGCUCUCGCCGUAUCGUUCAAAAGCAGCUCGAACGAGCUGGGUCUGAUGGUCACGAGUAUGACUGUGGGAGUUUUCUUGUUCUCUUCGCUGGGAUACGCAUUGGAGCAGAGCCACCCCGAAACUAUGUUCACCAGCAUCCCACAGUCCCUCUGGUGGGGCAUCAUUGCCAUGUCCACCGUGGGUUACGGAGACAUCUACCCUAAAACGACGCUGGGCAGGUGUAACGCCGCUGCAAGUUUCCUGUGUGGAAUCGUGGCGAUCGCGUUACCGGUUCACCUGAUAAUCAACAACUUCGUCUUUGUUUACAGUAAGCAGCGCGUGCUAGAAUCCAGUGCACAGCAUGAGAUCGAACUCAUGGCGUUGCGCGCGAAGGACGAAACACAGGGGUGUCCGGAGUCUACAAAAAAGCCAUCACAGGCUUCGGUGGUCAACAGCUCGGUGUGGGAUAGUGCUGUUGUGUAUCCCCCUGACACAACAAAUGCUCCCAAAGACCAGCUGUCUACAAAGGCGAGAUCAACCACAGAGUGAUUCAGCUUCAAAAUAAUAAACUUCUUAGGUGAUUAAACCAAUCUAUAAUCUAUAUAUCGUCCAUUGGUUUUCUUGUAGCCUACUCCAUCUAUCUAUCCAUCCAUUCAGUGACUAAUGUAAUACAUCUUUUUUUAUAGAGUAACGCCGCUUAUAAGUAAAUAUAUAAUUUAAUGCCAGUAAUCAAAAAUUUUGACAUGUAAAGUCGUUAUCACAAAAUCAACAAAUAAUGUAAUUAUUUUAAUACAUACAUUAAAAUAGUGAUUUAUUUGUAAUCCGCAUGACAAAAAAAAAUAUUCAAACACUGCUUGAAUUUUUUAUGUUGAACCUGUUAGGAUAAAAUGAACCUUUUUGGCAUUUUCAAUAGUGACAAUAUAUUUGUAUUAAAAAUGACCGAGCAGAGUGCGGACUGCAAAAUCAGGGUUGUCCAGUUUUAUCACGUGGCACAACUUGUUGCCUUGCAGUUUCCAUAUUUCAACACUAGAGUGAGAUAUUUCAACAUAAAAUCGAGUUGCUGCGCGCGCUAACACACCGCUGGACGACCGCUGCUCGACAGACACGACGCGCCUAACUUCCCAAAGCGCUUUAGCGUGCAUUUAUUUGUACUGAGUGGAGAAAGCAAAGUUUUACAAAAGAAAAGCUUCCGUUUGGUCGAAUUCGAAAUGUUAUAUAAUUAAAUAAUAUACUAUAAAAGCUGUAAGAGUGUAAAAAAGUUGAAGAAAGCGCGAGAGCCAUGCGAUGUCGCAGGUCUACAUUGUUUAAAUGUACCGCUAUCAGUUAUAAUCACAGUAAGAU